AUGUCUGCGGAGCCUGAACACACUCAUGAGAAGAAGAGGGUCCAUCUCCAGGACGCCUCGGGUGCUGAGAAGAAAGAUGAGCUCGAUACCUCAACUGCGAUUCUCAAGAAGAAGAAGAAGCCCAACUCAUUGAUUGUGACCGACGCCGUUAACGAUGACAACUCCGUGAUUGCUCUCUCUAACAACACCAUGGAAACCCUCCAACUCUUCCGUGGCGACACAGUUCUUGUCAAGGGCAAGAAGCGCAAGGACACUGUGCUGAUUGUGCUGGCUGAUGAUGAUCUCGAUGAUGGAAGUGCUCGCAUCAACCGAGUGGUGCGACACAACCUGCGAGUGAAGCACGGCGACAUUAUCACAGUCCACCCUUGCCCCGAUAUCAAAUAUGCUAAGCGCAUCGCGGUCCUUCCCAUCGCUGAUACCAUCGAGGGUCUGACCGGCUCUCUUUUCGAUGUUUACCUUGCACCAUACUUCCGUGAGGCCUACCGACCUCUGCGCAUUGGCGACACAUUCACCGUUCGAGGAGGUAUGCGACAGGUAGAGUUCAAAGUGGUAGAAGUCGACCCCCCAGAGUACGGCAUUGUCGCGCAAGAUACGGUGAUCCACUGCGAGGGCGAGCCCAUUCAGCGUGAGGACGAAGAGGGCAACUUGAACGAGGUCGGUUACGACGACAUUGGUGGUUGCAGGAAGCAGAUGGCUCAGAUCCGUGAACUGGUCGAGCUGCCUCUUCGCCACCCGCAACUGUUCAAGUCCAUCGGUAUCAAGCCUCCUCGCGGUAUCCUGAUGUAUGGUCCUCCCGGUACGGGUAAGACUCUCAUGGCUCGCGCUGUGGCCAACGAGACUGGUGCCUUCUUCUUCCUGAUCAACGGACCUGAGAUCAUGUCCAAGAUGGCUGGUGAGUCCGAGUCCAAUCUUCGCAAGGCCUUUGAGGAGGCCGAGAAGAACUCUCCCGCCAUCAUCUUCAUCGACGAGAUCGACUCCAUCGCUCCUAAGCGUGACAAGACCAACGGUGAAGUUGAGCGUCGUGUUGUCUCCCAGCUUUUGACGCUCAUGGACGGUAUGAAGGCUCGCUCCAACGUUGUUGUCAUGGCCGCAACCAACCGUCCCAACUCCAUCGAUCCCGCUCUGCGUCGCUUCGGCCGUUUCGACCGUGAGGUUGACAUCGGUAUUCCCGACCCUACUGGCCGUCUCGAGAUCAUGCAGAUUCACACCAAGAACAUGAAGUUGGGCGACGACGUUGACUUGGAAACCAUUGCCGCCGAGACUCACGGUUACGUCGGUUCUGAUUUGGCCUCUUUGUGCUCUGAAGCUGCUAUGCAGCAGAUCCGUGAGAAGAUGGACCUUAUUGAUCUCGACGAGGACACCAUCGAUGCUGAGGUUCUGGAUUCUUUGGGUGUGACUAUGGAGAACUUCCGCUACGCCCUUGGUGUUUCCAAUCCCUCCGCGCUCCGCGAGGUGGCCGUCGUGGAGGUUCCCAAUGUCCGCUGGGACGACAUUGGUGGUCUCGAAGAGGUCAAGCGCGAGCUCAUCGAAUCCGUGCAGUACCCUGUCGAUCACCCCGAGAAGUUCCAGAAGUUUGGCCUUUCACCAUCUCGCGGUGUUCUGUUCUACGGUCCUCCUGGUACUGGUAAGACGCUGCUGGCCAAGGCUGUUGCCAACGAGUGCGCCGCCAACUUCAUCUCCGUGAAGGGUCCCGAACUUCUGAGCAUGUGGUUCGGUGAGUCUGAGAGCAACAUUCGUGACAUCUUCGACAAGGCGCGUGCUGCUGCUCCUUGUGUUGUCUUCCUCGAUGAGUUGGACUCGAUUGCCAAGUCUCGUGGUGCUUCCAACGGCGACGCUGGUGGUGCCUCCGACCGUGUUGUCAAUCAGCUUUUGACUGAGAUGGACGGUAUGACCUCCAAGAAGAACGUGUUCGUCAUCGGUGCCACCAACCGUCCCGAGCAGCUUGACGCUGCUUUGGUCCGCCCCGGUCGUCUCGACACUCUCGUCUACGUGCCCCUGCCCGACCAGGCCUCUCGUGAGUCUAUCUUGAAGGCCCAGCUGCGCAAGACUCCCGUUGCUCCCGACGUCGACAUGGCCUUCAUUGCCAGCAAGACUCACGGAUUCUCCGGUGCCGAUCUUGGCUUCGUGACUCAGCGUGCUGUCAAGCUCGCCAUUAAGGAGGCCAUCUCUCUCGACAUCGAGCGUACCCGCGCCCGUGAGGCUGCCGGUGAGGAUGUCACCAUGGGCGAGGGUGAAGUUGAGGAGGAGGACCCCGUCCCCGAGUUGACGCGCGCCCACUUCGAAGAGGCCAUGAAGACUGCCCGUCGCUCUGUCAGUGACGUUGAGAUUCGCCGGUACGAGGCCUUUGCUCAGAGUCUGAAGAACUCUGGUGGCAGCAGCUUCUUCCGCUUCCCGUCUGCUGGUGAGGUGCAGAAUAACGACACCUUUGGCGAAGCCGGUAACGAUGACAGCCUCUACGACUAA